AUGGCAUUUCAUAGAAGUGCUGAUAAGAAAAAUAGGGAGGCAGGCCUCGCAGUUCCCGGUGAUUUAGCCCCUGCUAUCCCAGGAAUCCAUCCUCACCUUUAUCGAAGUCCUGCAAUGGGACAAAGCAUUCUUGGAUCAGAUGAGAAAGGGAAUGCAAAGUCAACUAUGCAGGAGUGGUACCUUGAAGGUCUUGCCGGCAUGUGUACAGAAGUGUUCCAGUUUGAUGAGUCAUCUUCUGCUAGAGAUAUAUCUAUGGAAGAAAGGCAGAAUGGCACACGCCUCCACAGAAAUAUAAGGAUCCUCAAUGGCCCUCAAGUUUCCCUUUCUAGACCCUCUCACAGGAACAAAUGGAAAGCAAGAGAACUUCAGCAAGAACAAGUCACUUUCUUCCAUGGUAGUAUAUGUUCUGGUUGA